ACAGCUGGCACGAGUUGGCCAGAGCUAUGGCCAUUCGGAACGUCCAGCCCGAGGAUCCAAACCUCCAGUUCUUUCUCCCCCAGCACCCAAACCUCAAGGACCUAGAAACCCCGGAAGAGAAGAGCAACCCUGCUGAUGGUUUUCUGAGGUGGAACAAGCCAUCCCCCUGGAUUCCCAAGUUCCGGGGCCAGGCCAACUUGCACGUGUUUGAAGACUGGUGUGGGGGCUCCAUCCGGCAGCUCAGGAGAAACCUACACUUCCCCCUCUUCCCUCACACCCGCACCACGCUGAAGAAGCUGGCGGUGGCCCCCGACUGGACAAACUACGGGCUGCGGAUCUUCGGCUACCUGCACCCCUUCGCCGACGGAAGCGUCCAGUUUGCCAUUGCUGCCGACAACAAUGCGGAGUUCUGGCUCAGCCCUGAUGACCAGGUCUCUGGCCUCCAGCUGCUGGCCACAGUGGGCAAGACCGGAAAGGAAUGGACCGCCCCUGGAGAGUUUGGGAAGUUCUGGAAUCAGGUUUCCAGGCCUGUGAGCCUUCUGGCUUCUCACAGGUACUACUUUGAGAUACUGCACAAGCAAGAUCAUCAGGGGACGGACCACGUGGAAGUGGCGUGGCGCCAGAAUCUCCCCGGAGCCUCCUUCUCCAUUAUCGACUCCUCGGCCCUAUCGCUCUUCGCAAAUGAGACUCUCCUCGGGAUGAAUGAGGUGGCCCACAUCCCACAGACGGUGGCCAGCCACGUGGUCGCCCCCGGCCCCCUUCCCGGUGACCAGAUGCACCCGGCCGACAUGCUCCGGCCGGACCCUCGGGACUUCCUGUACAGGAGGCCGCUGGUUCCCCGCUCUCAGCUCCGACGCAUCCUGCCCCAGUGUGCUUACAAGCCCAGCUACCUUGUGAGCGGCUUCCCCCUGCAGCGCUACCAGGGGCUCCAAUUCGUCCACCUGUCCUUCGUCUACCCCAAUGAUUACACCCGCCUGAGUCACAUGGACACCCAAAACAAGUGCUUCUACCAGGAGAAUGCCUACUUCCUGGACAGGUUUGGCUUCCGGAAGUUCAUCAAGCUCGACGAGCCUGUGAGGCGGGGGCUGGAGCCCUGGAAGGGACCGGAGCGGCCAGAAGCAGAGGACGAGCUUCUUGGAGACCCUCAAUAUGGCGAGCAGCCAGAGGAGACCACCAACCCCAGCAGCCAGACCCCCAGGGCCCCACAGAACAGCUCGACACCCGGGCCGGAUGUCCCCGCCGCCCCCCUCAGGAGUAGGCGGAAGCUCUUGUCCUCUCGGCAAGGGACCUCGAACUCCUCUCUGCACCCCUUAGAACCCAGAGCCCCUCUACAGGCGUGGCAUAGGGAGGGGCGGCAGCGGCAGCCUCCCAGUCAGCAGCCCGCCCACAGACAGACCUUCCCCACUCCCACGUCCACCAGGGCCGCGGGACUUCCCCCGGAACCCGGGCGCACCACUCUGGAGCGGGCCCAGUGGCUGAACAAGGUGGCCUCAUACAUUGAGGAGCAGCGGAGGGGAGACAGCGUCCGAGAUCCCUGGGCCGCGGCGGGGGGCGGGGGUGGGAGGGCCGCCCCGGAGGGGGGCCUCGAGGACAUGGAGGAGGAGGAUGAGGAGGAGGAGGCAGACGAGGAGGGAGAGGACUUGGAGUACAUGCCCAUAUUCGACCCGGCGGUGAGCUGGGCCCAGACUUUCAACGUGAGGCCACUGGACUUCCAGGCGCAGCGCUCCGACUGGAUCGAUCUCAACUGUAACACGUCGGGAAACGUGCUGUUGCCCGAGCAGGAGGCCCUGGAGGUGGCCCGUGUCUUCCUGAGGAAGCUCAGCCAGAGGACCCGGGGGCGGUACCAGCUGCAGCGCAUUGUGAACGUGGAGAAGCGACAGGACCAGCUGCGGGGAGGGCGCUAUCUGCUGGAACUGGAGCUUCUAGAGCGCAGCGGCGUGGGCGAGAGCCGGCCGGUGCGGCUCUCAGAGUUCAUCUUCGCCCGCAGUUGGCAGGGGCCCGGCAAGGCCGACCAGCCGGAGGGGCGCAGCAGGCGGGCCCUGGCAAGGGGGCGGUGGCAUGGGAGGCCGCACCAUCCGUUGGACUCGGGCCCCCCGGAGCCCCAGCUCUGCUGGCCCCAGGGCUUCUCCUGGAACCACCAGGCGGUCGUGCACUUCAUCGUGCCCGUGAAGAACCAGGCACGGUGGGUGGAGCAGUUUAUCCGUGACAUGGAGGAGCUGACCUGGGUCACCAGGGACCCCCACAUCAACGUCAUCCUCACCGACUACAGCAGCGACGACAUGGAUGUGGAGGCGGCCCUCCAGAGGUCCCACCUGCGCAGUUACCAGUACCUGAAGCUGACGGGAAACUUCGAGCGGUCGGCAGGGCUGCAGGCUGGCGUGGAUCUGGUCAAGGACCCCCACAGCAUCAUCUUCCUAUGUGACCUCCACAUCCGGUUCCCAGCCGGGAUCACGGACACGAUCCGGAAGCACUGCGUGGAGGGCCGGAUGGCUUUCGCCCCCAUGGUGAUGCGCCUGGACUGUGGGGCCACCCCACACUGGCCUGAGGGCUACUGGGAGGUGAACGGCUUUGGCCUUCUUGGCAUCUACAAGUCGGACCUGGACAAGGUCGGGGGCAUGAACACCAGAGAGUUCCGAGAUCGCUGGGGCGGGGAGGACUGGGAGCUUCUGGACAGGAUCCUGCAGGCCGGCCUGGAGGUGGAGCGCCUGGCCCUGCGUAAUUUUUUCCACCGCUUCCACUCCAAGCGCGGCAUGUGGAACCGCCGCCAGAUGAGGACACCUUGACCCGCAGGACCAACCCUGACCGCCCGCUGCCCAGGGCCCUGCCCCUGCAUCCGCGGCCCCAGCCACGGGGCGUCAAUGGAGAUGGAGAGACGGGGGGCCGGAGCCGACCAUCUCUGGACCACCGCCGGCCCUGAACCCACCCUCCCGGGCAGGGAGGAAGGAAAAAAGGGGUGGGGAGUGGCCUCCAGGCCCCGGAGACCAGGUGACGAGGAAGAGGCAAGAUGAGAUCUGAUUGCCUGCCAGCCUGUGCCCCUCUGAGAAUCCUCUGGCACCAUGACAACCCCCGCAUGGGGCCGGAGGGGAGGGGGAAGCUGAAACCCCUUCAACUCUGAAUUUUUCCAGACAUGGCAUUUUUGCGGGGGACACCCGCCCGGCCUCCACUGCUUCCUGGAGGGGUUGGGUGGUGGGUCAGGGUAGGGGAGGUCAUUGCUGUCCCUUGCCAGCCCUGCUCCCACCAAGGACGGAGUGCCUGGGGGCUUCAGCUGGGCCCCAACCAACCCUGCUGCCCCAGUGCUCUCGUCUCACCUCCCCCCACGGGGUCAGGCUCUGGGGGACGUGGGGGGGGGGGGUUUGUGUGUGUGUUUGUGUGUGUGUGUUUUGGGGGAGGGGUCUGGCCCAGAGUAGGAGCCAGGCAGAAGAGAGCCCUCUCUGCAAUCCCACCACUCUGCCCCUGGCUGGGCCCAGGGGGGAGAAGCUGCCCAGACUGCCAGCUGACCUACCGGCCAGUGAUACCAGCGUGCAGAGGGGGUGUGGGAUCACAGCAGGGCCCACCCCGUCCCCCGGCCUCCUAAGAGCCCCUGGGCCCUGAGCCCAGGAGGCUCCCCCAGCCCAGAGGGGGACUGGACAGACAGAUGAACUGACAUCAUUGGAGGCCGUGGCAAGGGAGAGAGAGGCUCCUUGUCCUGGCUGGCCCUACCCCCGACUCCCCUGGGGGGCUUCUGACCCUUUUUCAGCACUAACCCGAUCACACCCUGGGUGUUUGGGUAGGGGUCUCAUCGGCUCCCAAGCUGGGCCACUGGCUCCUCGGGAGACACUUCUAGGACUGUGAGGGUGGUCAGAGCUGGGACGGGGUGGACAGAGCCAACCCGGGGCCCGGUCUCUGCAGGCCCCUUGCUCAAUCCCGAUCCCUCCUUUUCCCAGUGCCCGGGGUGGCUACAUCUCAUCCCUGUGCCCUCUUCCCCACCACACUGCCCCAGCCUGUCUGACCCUUGGGGCUAGGAGGGGCAGAGCUAAACUGGCAGCCCCUGGUGAUGAGGCUCACCCAGGCAAGAUUGACCAGGGCCUCGGCAGUAGGUCUGGGGAUGCCCAACCUGGCAGUUUGCUCUGACUCUCCGACCGGACCCGGUGCCUUCUGGAUGUCCUCCAACCAGACCCGUUGCCUUCUGGAUAGCCCUCCUGCUGGACCCACUUCCUCUGACUCUCUGGCAGAACCCAGUCAGUGCCUUUUGGACAUCUCUCUAGCCAGACCCACCUCCUCUCAUCCUCCACUUGGACCCCGGGCCUUCUGGGUAUCUUUUCAAUUGAACCCACUUCCUCUGACUCUCCAGCCAGUGCCGCCUGGGUAUCUUUCUGCCUGGACCCAGUGCCUUCUGAGUAUCUCUCCACCCAGAUCCAGCGCCUUUUGGGUACCUCACUGAUUGGACCCCCUUCCUCUGACUCUCUGGUCAGACACGAUGCCUUUGGGAAAUCUCUCUGGCUAGAGCUAGGCAGUGCCUCUUGGUCAUCUCUCUGGCCACCUCUACUUCCUCUGGCUCUCUGGCCAGAUCCAGUGCCUUCUGAGCAACUCUCUGGCCAGAUCCAGUGCCUUCUGAGCGACUCUCUGGCCAAUCUCAGUCGGUGCCUUCCGGCCAUCCCCUCCAACAGAAUGAGUACCUCGCCCAGACUCCCCUACCUCCUGGAGACCUCCCCCGUACUCCCCUCGCAGGAGGGACUCCACCCCUGUCCCUGGCUGCUCAUCCCUUGGCCUUUCCCUGGCUGUUACUCAUGCUACCCGCCUUAGAGGGGAGGCGGAGAGGGAGGGUGGGACGAGGAUCGGGUGUGUGGGGGUUGGAGGUGUGGAUUAAAGACCCGCAUCUU